GCGGCCGGAGACAUGAACAGGAAGAAAGGCGACAAGGGGUUCGAGAGCCCGAGGCCCUAUAAGUUAACUCACCAGGUGGUCUGCAUAAAUAAUAUAAACUUUCAGAGGAAGUCUGUUAUAGGGUAUGUGGAGUUGACCAUUUUCCCAUUACUUGCAAACCUCAGUAGAAUUAAACUGAAUAGCAAGCAAUGUCGGAUUUACAGAGUAAGAAUAAAUGACUUGGAAGCUGCUUUCAUUUACAAUGAUCCAACCUUGGAGGUCUGCCACCAUGAAUCAAAGCAGCGAAAUCUUAAUUAUUUUUCCAAUGCCUAUGCAGCAGCAGUCAGUGCAGUUGAUCCUGACACUGGAAAUGGAGAGCUGUGUAUCAAAGUUCCAUCUGAACUAUGGAAACAUGUUGAUGAGAUGAAAGUUUUGAAGGUAUAUAUUGAAUUUUCCUUGGACCAGCCAAAAGGAGGGCUUCAUUUUGUUGUGCCCAAUGUGGAAGGCAGCAUGGCUGAGCGAGGUGCACAUGUCUUUUCCUUUGGAUAUGAAAACUCUACAAGGUUUUGGUUUCCUUGUGUGGACUCUUUCUCUGAACUAUGCACAUGGAAAUUGGAGUUCACAGUUGACGCUGCCAUGGUAGCUGUUUCCAAUGGAGAUUUGGUGGAGUCUGUUUAUACCCAUGACAUGAGAAAAAAAACUUUUCAUUACAUGUUAACGAUCCCAACAGCAGCCCCGAACAUUUCAUUGGCUGUUGGCCCCUUUGAAAUACUGGUUGAUCCUUACAUGCAUGAAGUGACUCAUUUCUGCCUGCCCCAAUUGUUGCCACUCCUGAAACACACCACAUCCUUUCUUCAUGAGAUUUUUGAGUUCUAUGAAGAGAUUCUGACCUGCAGAUACCCCUAUGCUUAUUAUAAGACUGUAUUUGUUGAUGAAGCCUAUGUAGAAGUAGCUUCAUAUGCAUCUAUGAGUAUUUUAAGCACAAACCUCCUGCACAGUGCCAUGAUUAUAGAUCAGACGCCACUUACCAGACGAUGUUUAGCACAAGCUUUGGCUCAGCAGUUCUUUGGCUGUUUCAUUUCUAGAAUGUCUUGGUCCGAUGAAUGGGUGUUAAAAGGAAUCUCUGGAUACAUUUAUGGCCUUUGGAUGAAAAAAACAUUUGGUGUUAAUGAGUACAGACACUGGAUUAAAGAGGAACUGGACAAAAUUGUGGACUAUGAAUUGAAAACUGGUGGUGUUUUGCUGCAUCCAACAUUUACUGGGGUGAAAGAGAAAGAAACCCCAGCACCGCACUUGCACUUUUCAAUUCGACAUCCGCACACUUUGUCCUGGAAGUAUUACAAGAUGUUUCAGUGCAAAGCCCACCUUGUAAUGCGACUCAUUGAAAACAGGAUCAGCAUGGAAUUCAUGCUUCAGGUCUUCAACAAACUGUUGAGUUUGGCCAGCACUGCUUCUUCACAGAAGUUCCAAUCACAUAUGUGGAGCCAGAUGCUGCUUUCGACAACCGGAUUUUUAAAAUCAAUUUCAAAUGUGUCUGGAAAAGAUAUUCAACCUCUAAUAAAGCAAUGGGUUGACCAGAGUGGUGUGGUGAAGUUCUUCGGCAGUUUUGCAUUUAAUAGGAAAAGGAACAUCUUGGAACUGGAACUGAAGCAAGAUUACACUUCUUUGGGAACUCAGAAAUACGUGGGACCACUGAAAGUUACCGUACAAGAACUCGAUGGGUCGUUUAACCACACUCUACAAAUUGAGGAAAACAGCCUAAAGCAUGAUAUUCCUUGCCAUUCCAAGAGCAGACGAAAUAAGAAAAAGAAGAUCCCGUUGUUGAAUGGGGAGGAAGUGGACAUGGAUCUUUCUGCAAUGGAUGCUGAUUCCCCACUGCUCUGGAUUAGGAUAGAUCCAGACAUGUCCGUUUUGAGAAAGGUGGAAUUUGAGCAGGCUGACUUCAUGUGGCAAUACCAGCUUCGUUAUGAGAGGGACGUUGUUGCACAAGAGGAAUCAAUUCACGCUUUAGAAAAGUUUCCCACUCCAGCGUCUCGACUCGCACUAACAGAUAUCCUGGAGCAAGAGCAAUGCUUUUACAAAGUCCGAAUGCAUGCCUGCUUCCGGCUAGCAAAGAUUGCAAAUGCCAUGGUGAACACUUGGACAGGCCCUCCAGCCAUGAAGUCACUCUUUACUCGAAUGUUUUGCUGCAAAAGCUGUUCAAAUAUUGUUAAGACCAACAAUUUCAUGAACUUCCAGAGUUACUUUUACAGAAGGCAUAACCACCAAACAGAUAAGCCGCUUCAAGUUGAUGGGUCCUUCUGUGCAACCAUGCCUGUUGCUAUGGCAUUGCUACGGGAUAUCCAUAAUCAGUGUCCUAAAGAAGUGUUGGCCUUUAUUUUGGACUUAAUUAAAUAUAAUGACAACAGAAAGAACAAGUUUUCAGACAACUACUAUCGUGCUGAACUUAUUGAUGCACUUUCAAAUUCAGUAACACCUGCAAUUAGCAUCAAUAAUGAGGUCCGGACAUUGGAUAAUCUCAAUCCUGAUGUACGAUUGAUUUUGGAGGAGAUAACCAGAUUUCUAAAUAUGGAGAAGUUGCUACCAAGUUACAGAAAUACAAUAACUGUCAGCUGCCUGAAAGCUAUCCGUGUGCUUCAGAAGAAUGGCCAUAUUCCCAGUGAUCCAUCACUCUUUAAGUCAUAUGCAGAAUAUGGGCACUUUGUUGAUGUUCGCAUUGCAGCUCUGGAAGCAGUUGUAGAUUAUACACAAGUGGACAGGAGCACUGAUGAAUUACAGUGGCUGUUAGAUCUGGUCCAGAACGAUGCUGUGCCCUACAUAAGGCAUAAAGUUUUGAGCAUGCUCAACAAAAAUCCCCCUUUCACCAAGAAUGCAGACUCUUCCUUGUGCACUGAGGCAUUGGUGGAUCAGCUCUGGAAACUAAUGAACUCAGGAACCUCCCACGACUGGAGACUUCGCUGUGAUGCUGUGGACAUGUACUAUACUUUGUUUGGCCUCAGCCGACCUUCAUGCCUUCCUCUACCGGAGUUGGGUCUCGUUCUCAACUUAAAGGAAAAGAAGACUGUGCUGAAUCCUAUUAUUAUUCCUGAGACGGGAGCAAGUGGCCAAGAAACCUUGGGCAGUGCAAGCAUGCAUGGAUUAAUGCCUGGCUUUCAGAUUAAUGAAGAAGAGCAUCUUGGUAAGGAGACUGUAUCCACUGCAUCUGGAGUUCAGAGUGUGAAGAGAAAAGCUGAGACUCCACUCGGUUCUCCACUGGAACCUGGCCAAGUUCUGGAAAAAGAUGAAGAUAACAGCAAAGUUAAACUUAAAAUCAAGUUUUCUAAUUCUCAAGAAGAUGAAGAGAUUGACAUGGACUCGGUUCACGAUAGUCAGGCUUUCAUAUAUCAUCAGCUGAACAUACUUGAACGACCAUCUACUCCAGGCAAAGAAGCACCAGCCAUAGAAACUGGCAUGAUUUCCAUGCCAACCACGCCGGUUCCUUCACUUGGCAAAGAGUCAAGUUCAUCAAGACAUGGGGAACACCAUCAUCACCACCAUCAUGAACACAAGAAAAAGAAGAAAAAACAUAAACACAAGCAUAAGCAUAAACACAAACAUGAUGGGAAAGAUAAAGAAAAAGACCUGUUUACUUUUGCAAACAGCCCAGCUAGUGGACGGUCUCUUAACUCUCCUUCAAUUUCAGACUAAAUGAAAUGGUGAAUUGUCCAAGCAGCCCAACAAACGUGCAAGAAUCAAGGACCAAUUGCAAAGCAACAGUGGUAACCUCUGUGCCCACUUUUUCCUGCAAACUAUUGGUAUUAUGUAACGUACAUGUACAAAAUGAAUAUGUACUCAACACAUAUGUUUAGUUGACCUAAACUGCAGUUACUGGUUUCUCCAAACUUAUUACCCUUGCCUUUACAAACUGCUCAAAAUCAACUUCCUUUCCAACCCACCCCCACCCUUGCAUUUCCACGCA